AUGGGACGAGAUCUAUCCAGUCAACAAUCACCGUCAUGCUUUUCCCAAAUUAUGAAACGGAAGCGUUCGCUGAUAUCAAGUUUUGUCAUGAUCUGCGCGGCCCUGUACUUUUGUCAGAUGAAACAUGCUGUGGGAUUGCUAGACGAAGUCAUCGAAUCAAGAAUAUUAGCAGAAAUUGAUCUGAAAAAAGAGUUCACCCAACAGAAAACAGUUUCAAGUUUGAGCACACAUCCAGCCCGUGAAGAAAUCUUUUGGGACCGAAAUCGAAGAAUAGCGGAAUCUCUCUUGGCUCGAAACGACGACAAAGGAUUGCCUCGAAAGAUAAUCACUGCAUAUUUGGAGGCUCCAAUGAAUGAUACUAUUCCUGGAACUGGAGAUCAGGGAGAUCCGAAAAGAGAGAUUGAUAAGGGAACCCCACCUGAAUUCUACGAACCGUUGCCAUUGCGACAGAAUACUCCUGAAGACUUGAAAAAGUACGAGUAUCCAAGAUUUCGGACGUGCCAUGACCUUCCGGCAAAGUUACCAGUGGAUCGGGGACUUCAAUUCGAUAAAUUAGGCAACGUCGUCGUGCACAAUGUUGGGAAUACGCCAACUCCAGACGAUUAUCCGUGGCAAGAAGCUCCAUAUUGUCCUGUUGAUGCGGAUCCAUUCUUGCCUUGGAUACAUGACAUCUUUCCGUCCCUUGAUGGCACACGAGUGGAAUUCGUGGCACAGAAUAAACGGCGAUGCAAAUCUGGAAGUGCGUACCAAAAAGAUAUUUUGCGAAUGACCCCACAAGUUGCUCUAUUGCAAUCCGUCAGCGUUGAAGUGAUUGAUGAGGGAAAAGCGCGGACGUUGGCCCCAGAGCUCUGGAGUGAAUCUGACAAAGAUGCUACCUUUUACCCUCCGAUGCCAAGAUAUCGUCUAGCGCCCUACGAAGAAGCGUCUCCAGAAGGUAUGUGGACGCGAUUCAUAUGUCGUUUUCAUACAACCGAUUUCCAAUCAGGAAAACCGAAAAUACUGAAGGAGACGCUGAGCGAGUACCCGAUAAAUUACGAAUUGGCUGGAUAUCGAAAGAAUCGACCACAGCUGCUAACACCAAAAGGGAGGGAAACGAACUUGUUUUGGACCAGCACUCUUUUAUUCUCGUGCCCGAUUCCUCCAGAACUCCAACCAUUGGUUCUCGAUGGAUCAACCAUUCUAAGUGAUGGCACACCAACAUUACAUGUGGAUGUGGUACCAAUUCGAACUUCACCAAGAUAUGGAAGUAAGGAAGUUUACUUUACAGAAGAUAUGGUGGGGCCAAGAGCUCGAUGGGAAACUUCGGGCAAGCUGGAUACCUUCAAUAAUUCCGGAAUCACAUCCAACGGUUUUAAUGCAACCCAAAGAUGGGGAAAGAAUCACGUUGUGCCUCCAGUAGAAGCAUCUGGGCGAUGGGCCAACCUUCCAAUUUGUGCUCCGCCUACAAUACCACUCGAGGAGAAAACAAUUGAUGUCGCUGACAAUGUCAAGGACGAUAUGAAUAAGAACGAGAUUGCGUCGAAAGAAGCAAUGAUGCCUUUGCAAAAGGAAAAGCCACAUCAACUAACGGCAUGCCUUUGGUCAGCAGCAUCGUUUUCGGAGCGAGGGAUCAAGGACGUGCGCAACAAGCAAAAAGAUACGGUGGAGCGAUUGCGCGAAUGGAUCGAGUUUCACCUGUUAGUCGGCUUUGAUCACAUUGUCGUGUACGACAACAGCGGUGCGCACACAAAUGAGACUAGUCUGGAACCAAUCACAAGCCAAUAUCCACCAUCCAAGGUAACAAGGGUAGACUGGCCAAGCCUUUGCUGCAACAACAAUGUACCUGGUCACCCUAAUACGGGGGAGAGGUCAAGCCAGUAUGCAGCCGAGAACUCCUGUCGCUCAAGAUACGGCCCGUAUACCGAGUGGAUGGCCUCUUUUGAUACAGACGAGUAUCUGGUUCCAAUGGGGAACUAUACCAACCUCAAGGAUGUUGUCAAAGAUGCAGCCAAAGGAGGGACAAACAUUCUAACAUUCCGAAGUACUCGUGGGAAGCUACGUCACGAUUUCACACGUGAGGCAGAGUAUCACGAAAAGGCGAGAGAUGACUCGACCAAGAUUCAAAUUCUCGAUAAGGCAGCUAACGUCACCUUUCUGGAAGCAUACAACUGUGAUUCUUCCCCAUUGCCAAAGCCAAAAUAUGCUGACAGAGCCAAGAAACAGAUCUACAGAACAGACUAUGUUUUGAAUCAUUUCGUUCACUAUGCAACAGUGACCAAGCCAUAUAUGGAGCAGUAUCGAGCCACUAAAUCACAAGGGAAGCGAUGGCAAAGAAUUCUGAGAGAGAACGCUCCCAGUGAGAGGGUGACUGAUGAAAUUCAUGAGGCAGUCAUGGUGCACACAAAAAUUGUGACAUGGAAGAAUACCAGAGACACCAACAUUCGAUGCCACAAAACAGCAAGAGCCGAUAGGGCUUGGCGAGCGAAAGGCUGCUACAUAGGAUUUCCUUCACCAAAUGGCACCGCCACUUUUGGGCGGCCAGCCGAUGAUGGAAUGGUAUAUAAUUGCUUCAUCAACGAGAAAGUCGAGAACUAUUGGCUUCCACAGCUGAAAGAACGAUUGGAAAGAUGGCAUUAG